AUGGUGCCCAAAGUUUUUCCUCUUGAUUCUUGCUCUUCUUGUCUGAGCGGAAAGAGAGAGACGUUCACUGUGUGGAUGAAAUCACUGUUGAUGCAAGGAAAUGGAUGCACAGUUUUCAACUCAAAUGGUGAUAUUGUGUAUCGUAUUGAUAAUUAUGAUGACAAGUGUAGCAGUGAGGUAUGUCUUAUGGAUCUCCAUGGAAGAGUUCUUGUCACUAUUGUACAGAGGAAAGUGUGGCCGUUCAAGAGCUGGGAGAUUUACAAACAAGUGAAUAGAGAGAAGCCAUGGCUUCGAGUCAAAACAUAUUCCAAAGCAAAAUUUAGAUUGGAAACUAAUGAUGAAGCAAAUUGGUAUCAAGUAGAAACGUCGGCUUGUAAAUCACAAGUCAAAAUUCUUGAUGGAAAUGGAAAUAUAGUUGCAGAGGCAGAAAGAAAGCGAUCGUCUUCAGGUGUGGUAUUAGGCAAUGAUGUGUUGGCAUUAACAGUGGAGGCUGAUGUAGAUCAUUCCUUCAUCAUCACUAUUUUAACUGUUUAUGGAUUGAUUAAUAAAAUACUGUGA